AUGGGAAGCCAUGAGUAUGAGGACGCGUUGCAGCGCAUUGUGGCGGAGACGCAAGAUGUGAAGCGUAAGAACGACAUCGUGCAAGAAGAGAUCCAGCACACGCAGAAGCUCAUCAGCGGGUUUCCUGAAGACAUCAUCAUCGAAACGGCCAAGUUGUAUGACUUGGGCAAGCAAGAGUUGUUCCAGGCGCUGCUGCGCUUGCUGCAGCGAAGCAAGCUGGAGUCGAGCCGCAUCGAGGAGAUGAAGGAGCGCAUUCGCCGUCGCAACAACGAGCUCAUUGUCAGCAAUGACAUCAGCCGGCAGCUGCUGGAGCUGCAGCAAGCCAAUCAAGCCCAGCAGGCCUUUCAGGCCUCCCUCAUGAGCAAGAUUGCCGAGAACAGAACGUACAAGCCCGCGGUGAAACGACAGGAACGCGCCAUCGUUGCCCUCGAAAACCUCCUGCAGCUCCUCCAAACACAGCCCGAUGCCGUGAGCGGCCAGCAGCAGCCAAGCCCGCUGUUCACGCUGCUCGAAGAAGACAACAAACGCCUGCAGCGCCUGAUUGCCGGCGACAUCACAGACGAGGAGGACGAAGGCGUGGACGACACGCGAAGCGACAGCAGCAGAGCAGACAGCACCUCGCGUGCAAACGCGAGCACAGGGACGACUCGUCGAGCCAUCACGAGCGGGUCGGGCCGCGAGGCGAGCACGCUGUUGGAGGCCCCACAGACACAACAACGGCACAAGGGGCAGCAUGGCAGCAGUGGCAGCGAUGAUGAUGAUGGUGGCGAUGGUGUUGACGAUGCUGAUCCGCAGGAGGAAAUUGCCGCAUUGGAGCGAGAGGUGUUGGAAUUGGAGCAGACGCUGACGGAAACGGCACGCAAGCAAGCGGAGGAAGUGGCUAGGCUGGAGAUGAGGGUGAUGGAGGCGGAAUUCACACAGGAUUCUGACGCAAUGAGCCUGGCGUCCAUUGCCACCGCCAUUCGGAGCCUACGCCCCAAGAGCAUCAAUUCAACCACACCGACAGGAGCCACAGAUGCAUAGCUCUGUGUAUGUGUAUGUGUGUAUGUGUGUGUGUGUGUAUGUGUGUGUGUGUGUGUGUGCAUCCUCCUCUCCCUGUUGCAUUGUAUGUGACACAACCGACCCUUUGCAUUCCGUUCAUCUUUCCACCCCUCGCUUUGCCGCUGGCCGGCUGCUGCGUCUUUUGUGUUCUUCUGGACUUCUUUCACCUCUUCUCAUAUUGGGUGUUUGCGCGUGUGCGCACGCAUGUUGCAUGAGUGCAAUGAAUGUAAUGGACUCGAACCACCG